UGCUUAGUGCCACGUUGAUGGAGACCAGUGGGGACGUGGAAAUCUGUCUUGAGUCCGUAGCCGGGACCCGGUAGCCUCCUUCUUGUGUUUUUACAGCCGUUAAUCCCGAAGCAGAAGCGAAAGGAGGAACUCGUUCGGGUGGAGCAGUGUGUUAGUGUGUGUGUCACCUAUUUUAUGUGUGUGUUCAUGUGAGAAGGAGCAAAGGAAGGGAAGGAUGAAACUCAAAGAGAUCAACCGCACAGCCAUCCAGAGCUGGAGCCCUGCACAGCACCACCCCAUCUACCUAGCAACAGGAACAUCAGCCCAGCAGCUGGACGCCUCCUUCAGCACCAAUGCCUCCCUGGAGUUUUUUGAGCUGGACUUGACGGAGCCGUCUCUGGACAUGAAGUCAUGCGGCAGCCUCUCCUCCUCUCACAGAUACCACAAACUGGUGUGGGGUCCCUUUGGGAUGGAUUCCCAGGGUCACCCGUCUGGGGUCCUGGUCGCAGGAGGGGAGAACGGCAACGUCAUCCUGUACGACCCUGCAAAGAUCAUGGCGGGAGAGACCAACGUGAUCAUUGCUGAGAGCGACAAACACACGGGGCCUGUGAGAGCGCUCGAUGUCAACCCGUUCCAGACGAACCUAGUUGCAUCAGGUGGGAAUGAGUCUGAAAUCUAUAUCUGGGACAUGAAUAACUUUGGCUCUCCAAUGACACCAGGACCUAAAACUCAGCCUCUGGAGGACAUCAGCUGUGUGUCGUGGAACAGACAGGUCCAACACAUCCUGGCCUCCGCCAGCCCGGGUGGCAGAGCCUCAGUGUGGGACCUCCGCAAGAAUGACCUCAUUAUUAAAGUCAGCGACCACAGCAACAGAAUGCACUGCUCCGGGCUGGCUUGGAACCCAGAGGUGGCCACUCAGCUGGUCAUUUCCUCAGAGGACGACCGGAUGCCAGUCAUCCAGAUGUGGGAUUUACGUUUUGCUACCUCUCCUCUCAAGAUUUUAGAGAACCACACACGGGGUAUCCUGGCCAUCGCCUGGAGCUUGGCUGACCCCGAGCUGCUCCUGAGCUGCGGGAAGGACAACCGGAUCCUGUGCUGGAAUCCAAACACAGCCGAGGUGCUGUACGAGUUGCCCACCAGCAGUCAGUGGUGCUUUGACAUCCAGUGGUGCCCCAGGAACCCUGCAGUGCUGUCGGCCGCCAGCUUUGAUGGACACAUCGACAUCUAUUCCAUCAUGGGAGGAACGAACCAGGCGCAGAGCCAGAGACACGCUGACCAGAUUAGCAACUCGUUUGGGAACUUGGAUCCUUUUGGGACGGGACAAACUUUACCCCCACUGCAGCUGCCGCAGACUCCCGCCCCACCAGCUACAGUCAACCCCCUGAAGAAGCCCCCCAAGUGGAUCCGCAGGCCUGUCGGAGCCUCGUUUGCUUUCGGUGGGAAGCUGUUAUCUUUGGAGAACACAAAGCUGAACCCGCAGCAGCCCACUGCACCCGUUGUACAUAUCAGCCAGGUUGUCACAGAAACGGCCUUUCUGAAGCGCUCCGAUCAGCUGCAGGCCACGCUGAGCGCAGGCAGCUUCGUGGAUUUCUGCCAGGAAAAGAUCGAUGGAGCUGAGAAUGAAUUUGAAAAGACUCUUUGGUCUUUCCUCAAGGCUAAUUUUGAAACUGACAUCCGCAGCAAGUACCUGGAACUGCUGGGGUACAACAAAGAGGAGCUGGCCUUGAAGAUCUCAGCAGCACUAGAGGAGAAGCCUGCUGAACCUCCGCAGGUGGACGUGCCCGCUCCAGUCACCCUGCAGCCUUUACCAGACCUCAGCUUCGUGCCGCCUGUCGCUGACACUCCAGAAGCAGCAUUCGACAUGAUCGCCGCUGCAGCUGCACCGCCUGCCGACACUCCAGAGGCAGCGUUCGACAUGAUUUCUGCAGCAGCCACCUUACCACCUGUUGACAAUCCUGAGGCAGCGUUCGAUAUGAUUUCUGCAGCAGCCACCUUACCACCUGUUGACAAUCCUGAGGCAGCGUUUGACAUGAUUUCUGCAGCAGCACCCGUGCUACCCGCUGACACUCCCGAGGCAGCGUUCGACAUGAUUGCUUCAGCAAAUCUUCAGCCAGCAGCCACACUUGAACUCGACUCUGCUCCUGACCCUGAGACUGAGGAAGCAGCAGCAGAAGAUCCAGAUGCAGAGGACGCUCCGACCAGCCAACCAGAAGAAAAGGUGGAUGAGGUUCUCCCAGAGGAGGAAGUAGAGGAAGAGGAGAUCCCCUUGGAUGAUGAGGAGACAGUGGCUCCAAUGGAGGAGGAGCCCAGUCCUCCUGAGAUCUUGGCUCCAGUCGAGGAACCCAUCGAGGUUCCAGUUCCAGUUCUAGUUGAGGAGCUCAUUGAGGAUCUGGCUCCAGCACCAGCUCCUGCUCCGACGCCAGCCAGCGCAGACGGAGUCAACCUCAGCAUCAGUCAAGAUGUGGACGGUCUGAUCACACAGGCCCUGCUGACUGGAGAUUUCGAGGGAGCUGUGGAGCUCUGUCUCCAUGACAACCGGAUGGCAGACAGCAUCAUCCUGGCCAUCGCCGGAGGGCCUGAGCUCUUAGAGAAAACCCAGAAGAAGUAUUUUACGAAAACACACAGCAAGAUAACCAAGCUGAUCAGCGCCGUGGUGAUGAAAGACUGGCAUGACAUCCUGAAGACGUGCGACCUGCAGAACUGGAGGGAGGCUCUGGCUGCUGUAGUGACCUACGCUCAGCCCGAGGAGUUCUCCUCCCUCUGUGACCUCCUUGGGGGCAGACUGGAGGCAGCAGAUGAUGCCCAACUGCAAGCCCAGGCCUGUCUGUCUUACAUCUGUGCUGGAAACGUGGAGAAACUUGUGUCGUGCUGGACCAGAGCUCAAGAUGGACACUGUCCACUCUCCCUUCAGGACCUGGUGGAGAAGGUGGUGGUGCUGCGGCGUGCGGUGGAGCAGACCCAGCGCUCUGGUCCCGCUGCUAUCGGCGUCCUGCUGGCUGAGAAGAUGAGCCAGUAUGCCAACUUGCUGGCCUCCCAGGGCAGCCUGUCCACCGCCAUCACCUACCUGCCUGACAACACCAACCAGGUUGCCGUACAGCAGCUCCGUGACCGUCUCAGUCGGGCUCUGGGGCAGCAGGCGACCCCAGCUCCUGCAGCUCCGGUUCAAACCCAGAGAGUUCAGCCUGCCCCGACUCCGGCUCAGCCUGCCGCCACUCUGCCCCGGCAUCCGUUCACCCCGAUGCAGCCCGCCAUGGUGCCUCAGCAGCCCACAGCUGCAGCACCUCCUGUACCCAUGCCUACACCUGCUGCCUCCGCCCCAGCACAGCCGCAGUAUUACCAGCCAGUGAGGGCGACCUCCACUGUCACCUCCUGGAGUAACCAAACUCCCACAGCCCUCCCCAAUGUCCCUCCUCCUCCUCCUCUUCAAGUAGGCAACGCCUCAGACCAGCAGGUGGAGCCUUCAAACCCCAUGUACGGGAUGCCACCACCCUGCUCAGCUGCUCCAGCCUCCUCCGCUCCAUACAUCUCCCAUCAGUACCAGCCCUACCCCCAGGUCAACCAGUACCCACCUGGAGCUGGGGGGGCUCCUCCUAUCUAUCAUCCUCUUCAGUACUCCUCCUCUGCUGCUGCUCCUCCUCCCGCAGAGCCGCCUGGCUUUCUCUCUCAGUACACCCAGCCAACAUCUCCGGUCUAUCCCGGACAGCCUCCCAUCAGCCAGUGCCUGUCCUCCUCUCCUCCCUCUCAUCCUCCUUUCUUUCCAAACGCCUCCUCCUCCUAUAACGCUCCUCUGUCCUCCGGAGCGCCUUUCCAGCAUGGCAGUCCAGGAUCUCCUGUGUCGUACAUGCCUCUUCCUCCUCCACCGAGCGGAGUCUCAGGUACACAGCUGAUCCCGGCCUCUCAGAGAACAGGGCCUCAGAAUGGCUGGAACGACCCUCCAGCUCUGAACAGAAUGUCAAAGAAGAAGCCGGUUCCAAUGAACUACACCCCUCCUGCCCCCAUCACUGCUCCCAUCAUGGCUCCACUUGGCGGUGACCCUCAGGCCCAGCCGAUGCCUGCUGGGGCCCCUCAAGCCAUGGUCCAGGGCCCACAUGGUGCCCAGGUCCCCUACUCAGGCAUGCACCAGCAGCAGCAGCAGCAGCUCUCCUCUCCACCUCCACCCAUGAACCCUGCAAUGCCCAAGACCAGCAUGGAGGGCGCACCAGGAGCACCUACGGGAGAUGUUAUACAGCCUCUGCAGUCCAUCCCUGCUGAGAAGAUCAUGAAGAAGCCCAUCCCCGAUGAGCACCUGGUCCUGAAGACCACAUUCGAGGGGCUCAUCCAGAAGUGUCUGGCUGUAGCUACCGACCCUCAAACUAAGAGGAAGCUUGAUGAUGCCAACAAACGCCUGGAAGCGCUUUAUGAUAAACUCAGAGAGCAGACACUCUCUCCCGCCAUCGUCGGAGGACUUCACAACAUAGCCAGGAGUAUAGAGUCCCGCUCCUACACGGAGGGCCUCAACAUCCACACACACAUAGUCAGCAACAGCAACUUCAGCGAGACGUCAGCGUUCAUGCCCGUGCUCAAGGUGGUGCUGACACAAGCCAACAAACUCGGCGUCUGAAACUCCUCCCAGAGUUUGUGACCGGCGGACGGCGGAGAGCGAGCGCUCAGCGGUCGAGAUCUUUUCACAGGGAGCUCCAUUUUAGACUCGCAGUGCGGACGAGGAAGAAUUCUGAGGUGUACGAAAAAUCCUGCUGAAUUCUUCUUUGUGCCAUUCUCGUUUUCUGACACGACUCAAACACAAGCCAUGCUAUCAGUCGCACUCAGUGGUGAAAGUAAAAUCUGGGCCCUGUGUAAACAAAGGGCUGAGACGAGUUAAAUUCAGCUGCAGUCUUUAAUCUAAUCUCAUCCAAUCUCAUCCAAAUUUGUAGUCGAAUGAAUCAACAUAGGGAAAUUAAAUGAAUAUGCAAUAAUUGUAUUGAAGCAUAAUAAAAGUAAAAUCUCAGAAUUAGCUAAACAUAAGGAAGGCACAGUUUCAGCAUGUUGAAUAUGGAAUUAAACCUAAAGUACUAUGGCAUUUAUAGACCAACAGAAGUAGGAAAAGCAACAGGAACUUCAGGAAUCUUAAGGGCAUUUCUGUCAACGUGUGUUGAGAUGAUCAUAACUAAAUUUUGUACAUUUAAAUCUCGUCGAAUUCGGCAUUAAUAUCAGACUGCUGACACAGCAGAGCAGCAUGCUUUCAGCUCACAAUCAUUAGCUUGUUCAUCUUUAUAGUCUUUCGAUAUUUGUGCACUACAAUAAUGCUCAGAUACCUUUUUAUAAUCCAUAAACACAUAGGAUUCUCUCUCCAAGGUUUGUCAUGCUUUAUGGUUUACACAUAAUGCAUCAUUACCUGCAUGCGUUUUGCUUCAGACCUGCAGAUGACGCAGGUUAGAGAAGACAGACGAGUUAAAGAACAGGGCAUUAGACUGACUUAAACCUGUAAUCACUCACAAAGCAUUUCAAGCAAAACUGAUGCUAUUUUAAAAUUAAGCUAAUAUGACUUUUGUUCGUAUUUGAAGGUCCAGUGUGUCGGAUUUAGGGGGAUAUAUUGGCAGCAAUGGAAUAUAAUAUAAUAAGUAUGUUUUCCUUGGUGUGUAAUCACCUCGAAAUAAGAGUCGUCGUGUUUUUGUUACCUUAGAAUGAGACGUUCAUAUGUACAUAGCUAGCAGGUCCUUGUCUACGGGGAUCGGCAUGUUUUUACAGUGUCCCAGGACGGACAAAGCAAACUCUGGCUCUAGAUAGGGACGUUUGCAUUUUUGCAUCGGCCACUGUAGUUAGCAGCCCCUUAGCGAUGAGAGUGUCAGAAAAACAUUGAUUUUUCAACAUGAAACGUCUUUAAUUAAGUGUUUUUACCGCUUUAAAUCACAGGGUCCGUUUGUUUCAGAGAGGAAGAGACCUCUGUGGAUGAUUCGGCUCCUGGUUAAAACCUCCAGAAUGUCUGGAUCUUUAGUGGUCAGAGAAAAAAAUUGAGCACUCAUUAACACAUGCUAGGCUAGCAGCGUGUCUCUGACAAGCUAAAUGUUGGAGAAGAACAGUUAAGUCAGUUUGUUUCAGAGAGGAAGAGACCUCUGUGGAUAAUUCAGCUCCCAAUAAAAAUCUCUUGAACGUCAGGAUCUUAAGUUAUCGGUGACAAAAGUGAGCACUCCUUCGCGGGUGCUAGGCUACAAACGAGUCUCUGACAAGCUAAAUGUUGGAGUGGAAACAUUGAUUUGUAACGUUUAACUGCUUUAUUCAGUUUUUUGACUAGUUAGAAGGACUUCAUCAGUUUGUUUUGGAGAGGAAGAGACCUCUGUAGAUGAUUCGGCUCCUGGUAAAAACCUCCUGAACAAAGAGUGCUGCAGGGAGGAACUCAAACUAGAAGAAAUUUCAUCUGGUUGCUAUCUACAAUCCUCACCACUAGAUGUCACUAAAUCCCCCUAAAUCGCCCACACUGCUCCUUUACAGCAACAUUAAACCUUUUUAAAAACGUACCUAAUAAAACUUUUGUUCGUACCCUUAUCCCCACUUUGUGCUUUCACUGGCUUACUUUCACCACUGGUGUCACUACAUACAAACACAUUGGACCAAGAUAUUGUCAGUGUGUGGGAUACGUCAAUGCAAAGCAAUGCAAUCCCAUUUUGUUGAGGACGUUUUAAUGUUUUAUUUCAGUUUUUUAUUCUUUUUGUUUCAGUGUAAUCAUGAGGCUCAGCAGAGUGCAAUGGAAUUUUUUUUUUAAAAAAAGCAACUGCUUUUAAUGGAAUUUUAAAGUAUGCAUGCUUCAACGCUAAGUCGUCUUUAAUGACAUCGGAGGUAAUUAUCAGCUGAUUAAUCAGACCUCAGAAGGAAACUGGAAGGAGACUUGUACUUGAUUUUCAUUCCAACUACGAUGAGGGCUGUAGUCUGAGCAGUCAACCUCAGUUUAUGUUGUUAAUAAAGGAAAACAAGUCUUUGUUUAAGAUUGACUACAUGCAAUAUUUUCAAUAAAUAGUAUUUAUUUACAA